CACACACACUCCGAUCAGGACCCCAGAGUUGGCCGUGCUGUGGAGCCUGCCACCUGCAGGCCCUGCCACCCCCCCCCCCCCCCGCCCCAUCUCUGGGAGCGCGGGGUUUUUCCAGCCGGAGCCUCACUCCCUCUACUGCAAUCUCUGGAAAUUGGUGUCUGGCGCCACAGCUCCUGCACAUUAUUUAUUGAUUUCCUCUGCCCCUGGGGAGACCCUCCUCUCAGGAGAGCUGCCGCCCCCCAGGAGCGGGGGCAGGCGGGAAGAGCAGCUGGGCCACAGGAGGCAGAGGGGAUGGAGGGAAGGACGGUUCAGCAGCCCCCACCCUGCUCAUCAAGCUCGCCGAGCCCCGCAGGGGCCAUAAGCACCAGGCAGGAGGCCAGGAGAGAGGAGGGAGACUCCAGGAGGAGAGGACAGGAGGCAGCGCUGGGGGACCGAGCCCCCCUGAGCCAGCAGCGCCGGCUCAGACAGGCCACCCAGUUCCUGCACAAGGACUCUGCCGACCUGCUCCCCCUGGACAGCCUCAAGAGGCUCGGCACUUCCAAGGACUUGCAGCCGCACAGCGUGAUCCAGAGACGCCUGGUGGAAGGAAACCAGAGUCGGCUUCAGGGGGAGUCUCCCCUGGUGCAGGCCCAGAUUCACGGCCAGGAGAGCAGGAGGAAGACCAGCAAGACAGAGACUCCGGCUCUUCUGGUCAACUGCAAGUGCCGAGACCAGGAGCUUCGGGUGGCCGUGGACACAGGCACCCACCACAACCAGAUCUCUGCUGGAUGCCUCAGCCGCCUGGGGUUAGGGAAGAAGGUCCUCAAAGCCCCAGGUGGGGGCCUGGUACCUGGGCCACCCACCCAGGUGGAGCAGCUAGAGCUACAGCUGGGCCAGGAGACAGUGGCCUGCUCAGCCCAGGUGGUGGACGUGGAGAGUCCUGAGUUCUGUCUUGGACUACAGACUCUACUUUCUCUCAAGUGCUGCAUAGACCUGGAUCGUGGAGUACUACGCCUGAGAGCCCCCUUCCCAGAGCUGCCCUUCCUGCCUCUGUACCAAGAGCCUGGCCAGUGACUGCUGAACCAGUCUGUCCCCAAGGGGAAGGACCUUGCCUUGGGGAAGAGCUGGAUGGGGGAAUGGGGCAUCACUACAGCCAGGUAGCUGGGGACGACCGAGUCUGUCCCUCCUGUCGCCACCCUGCCCCUGCCGUGCCGUUUCCCUCGGUCGGCCACAUUUGUCUCCGCUUCUCAGCCACUGCCCAAUCCUCCAGGAGUCUUCCAGAGAGAGGGCCCGUGACCUCAGGGGCCUGGCUUCUCUCUUCCCGUUCUCCUCCAAGUCAGGACUGCGGAAAAGGACGUUAAGCGUAGCGUGGUGGGAACUGGCCCGAGUCAAAGGCAGCAGCCUGCACCACCCUUCCCCUGUCCCCCGCCGUCCACCCUUCCCACCCUUCAGUGGCCUUCACUCCUGCAUCCUGCCCCCCUCGGCUUCUGGGGCUCAUUACCUCUCCCAGCUAGACUGCCGCACCUCACCCAGGGCCCUGUCCCUGCUGACAACCACCUUUCUCAUUCCGCACACGACUGCUCACAGUGGAGUGGGGGAAGCACAGGCAAGCGAGUACUCCGGUACAACGGAAGGUGAGGACGGCCAGGCUGGGGGCUUCCUUAGUUACCUUUUCUGGGGUUGCCAACGUCUGAAGUCCAGGCUGGGGGCUUCCUUAGUUACCUUUUCUGGGGUUGCCAACGUCUGAAGUCCGUAAUCGCCCUGUGCCAGACCUUGGAUGGACCUCCACUACUUCCCCCGGCAGUUCUCCUCCUCCCCUAGCUUUUUUACAGAUCGGGACCCUGAACUCUGGGGGGUGGGGCGGAGGGGCGUUGUCAGGAACUGCCCCACAAGGUGGAAAGGAGGGCAGGUGCCCAGUCCUCAGCCUUCACCUAACCAGGAUUCCUUCUUGUUUCUGGAACUGUUCACCUCAUUAGACCUCCCUUCCCCUCAUCUCUGCCUCCUGGGCUUGAGCUUGUCCGAUUUUGGAACCAGUGGCUUUCUAUCCCCCAGCAGGCUGUGACCCAAAGGGAAAAGACAAGGAGGCUUUUCGUUUUCAAUGUGAAGAGAGGAACUCAGACCUUAAGAAGCCAGACCCCUGAGUGCCUUUCGGGCUCGUUUCAGUCUCUCGGGUCAUGGAUUCCGGGUAGAGGAAGAAAGUGGUCUAACUAACAGCUGGGAAACCAGGGUCCUUGGAGUGGAAAUGCAGUCUGAAGCCCCGGGUAGAUCAGAGAAGCAGGCUACCACCCAGCUGCCUUCUGACCUCCGGUCUUGCCUCUCCCUGCUGCGUCCCCUGCCCUCAGAAGGAGCAGAGGGGGCGCAUGUGUGAUAAGGAUCCCCUCGUGCCUCCUGCCUCGCCCCAGCACCUCUGCUUUCCUGGCGCUGCCUUUUCCCUUCUGCCUCUUGCUGCUUCUAUAAUUGCAGACCCUGGACCCAGGGGCUGGCCUUCAGCUCAGCUGCUUGUCCAUUUGAAUAAACACCUGUUUCUCUAUGCUGGUCUCCUUCUCUGGACUUCCUCCAUGCUGAUCAGAGUCUGCACUGGUAACUCUGCCCUGAUUUCCUUACAGAAAGGCGAUGUGAAUGUGG